AUGGUGGCGAGCCCCGCCACGGGGGGCGGAGCUGACGAUGGAGCCCCAGCCGGCUCGGAGACAGACGCGGUCGUGCGCCUGGGCUUUCGGCUCGACGGCAAACGCCGCGUGAGCGCCUCCGGCGGCGCCUCGAUCUCUGGCGGAGGGGAUGGAGCCUCAGCUACCCGAGGGCCACCCGCGGGGACGGCGAUUGGCGGCGCGGCUCUGGGGAAUCUGCUUUCCGCGUCAGCCCUCUCCUCGCGAGCAGCCUCUGCGGCCGCGAAAAACGGCGCCGCGGCGCCGUCGUCGGCCUCUUCGUUUCCGCUCGCUUCUGGAUUUUCUUCUUCUCUCCCUUUCGCGCCGCGCGCGGGGUUCCGUCCUCCGUCUCGUGCAGGCCCCGGAGGCAGCCGCGGCCUCGCAGGUCGCCUGCUUGUCCGAGCCUUCUUCGAUGACAUGAAGGCAGUCAGCACACAUCGCAUCAACCAGAAGAACGCGUUCCAAGUCGACUUGAUCGACAAACUCGCGCUCGUUGUCCACCAACAGCUGGUGAAAACCGACAGCGCCGCGGCGCUCCCGGACGCGCCUGAAGGACAGCAGGCGCUGCUGGACGGGCCGCCGUUCGAUCUGCAGCGGAAGGAGGGGGCCGGCGCAGGCGGGCGCGCGACCGGCGGCGAGGAUGAAGAGGAGGGAAUCACCUUCACCCAUGUCUCCUCAGCUGUGGAGGGCGCGACGCGCGUUUACGGCUACCGCGUCGAGGCGGUCUACGAUCAGACCUAUCACGUGUUGAAUCUGAUGAGCGCGUCGCGGCCGGGGGGUGAGGAGGAAGCCGAGGGCGAGCGGGCGGCGCACCCGACGCGGCGCGGCCGCCACCACCAGCAGCUGCUGCUUUUUAAGAAGGGCGGAUCGAGUACGCUCGCGCCGGAGGCCGAACUCACCGACUCCCAGAUCGAGAAAGACAGCUGCGUCGACCCCUACUUCCUGAAGAUCUCGGGGAUGUUUGACCAGGCGGGCGCGAAGGGGCUGCUUCUCGCGAACCUGGAAGUCGACACGUCGCUGCGGAUGAAGCUCGACGGCGAGCGCCGCGCCUUCCCAACCGGCGCCUUGGCGGACGAGGCCGUGCCGGAGAAAAAUCAAGCGAGCCCAGCCGCCGGCGAUGAGAAGGUCGCUGAUGAAGAAUCAGUCGCCGGUGAAGCCCCGGAAGAGCCUGCGGUCGACUGCGCGUUCCUCAAGGAUCUCCUCUUGGCCGGAGAGUCGCCCGCGUCCGUGCUGUCGCUGGACAUCUGCGCAAAGCCCAUCAGCCACUUCCGGUCGCUUUUGGAGAGUCUCCGGCGCGGUCGGGACGUGAGGGCUGGCGGGGGGCUCUCCGACGCUGACGACGAGGCGCAGGACUUCGAACUCGAAGCCGAGUCGCUGGAAGCUGAGCUGGAUGACUUUUACGGCGCGCCGCUCGGCGGCGACAGCCGCCUCGGGGACGCCUCGCAGCCGCCCGAACUCGACGAUCUGAGCGCUCGCGUCGGCGAGGAGUACAUGUGCGACGCGAAGGCGUCCGCGUUCUACGACGAGCCGCAAGAUGCCAAGGCGCCGAAUGGGCUCGAGGGAAGUAUGGAUGACCAGCUCUACGCGGACGCGAUGGACUUCUGCGACGACGUCCACGGCGCGAGCAGCGCAGACGCCUGGAGCAGACGAGAAGACACCGCCGAUGCCGACAUGGGGGUAGAAGGACAGGCGCACGCCGACAGGAGCUUCGCCUCCUUCGAAGAGGAACACGAGUCCAGCGACUCUACUGCUCCCGCUAAGUCCUACUCAUUCGACCGACUGGUGCCGGCUUUCUCGCAGUCGCUCGGCGUCCCCUCGGGAGGGUCCGGAGCCCAACUCGCGGCGAGGCGAGCGGCGGUUGGGCUCCUGUCGACCGCCGCGGAGGGGCGGCCCGACGGGGCACGGCCGGGAGGCGCGGCCGCGAGCCUGCAGGGGCGCGCGGACGACCGACUCUCCUCGGUGUCGUCUCUCUCCUCUUCGUCGUCGGCGGUUGGGCUCUUGGGCGACUCCGGGGGGCUUGGCCGGAAAGGCGGACUCGCCGCGGCGGGGUCGCAGGCCGCCGCGGGGCGCCUCACCGCCAAAGAGAGACAGCUGCGGAAGCAGGAGCAGCUGCGCGAGAUGAUCAAUCCGUUCCGCGUGGACAUGAGCGACCUAGACACGAAGAGCGGCGGACUGCCUCUCGGCUCCAAGUUCCAGUGCUACGUCCCGCGGCCUCAGGAAAACAUCACUGUUGCGUCCGACUUCACUUCGUCUCCUUUUUUUCACUCGCCGCAUCUGCUCGUCUCGUUGGCCAUGGUGCCGUUCAAGGAGAUCCGUCUUUUCCGCCACACGGGCCCGGCGGGCGCCAGUUCGGCUCCAGACCGGGCCGGAGGGGCGCCCGGCGCGCACCAGGAAGACGAGAGACUCCGCGAAGACGAAGGGGCGUGGGAGGCGACGCUCGUGGACGCAGGCGACGACGGAGCGCUCGGCGCCGACGGUUUCUGGCCGUCUGUAGGACAUGCGCCUCUGUCGAAGCAGCGCGCUUGCGAGGAAGCAGAUGCGAACGCCCAGCACUUGCUCGAGGGCGGCGGCCUGUUCGACAGCUGGUCCGACACCGCGAUGUCGGCUGCGGACGGCGACCAGGCGUCGUCAUAUAUUGCUCGCCUCUUUGAGCGCGGCGACGCAGCCAGCCGCGGCGGCGCGGGCCUGUCCCUCGGCGACAUUAUGCUUCUCGAGGAGCCGCAAAAGGUGGGCGCUGGCGAGCUGCGGUUGACUCUCCCGUCGCGUUACGUAGACGUCGCAGUGGUAAAAAAGGCGCUGAAGACAACCCUCGGCGUGCUGCCGGGCGCCGACGACGCCGACGACGAGGGCGGCGAGCGCAAUCAGCGCAAGAGAAAGAGAGGCUCCCAGGAGCAGGCGAUCGCAGGCGCCGACGGAGAAAGCAGCGCGGAAGAAGACGAACGAAGUGGCAAAGAGGUCGAGUGCCGUGAACUGGCGCUGCUGAGUGCUGACCGCCACGACGGAGUGGACUUCGCAACGCUCUGCACGGAGACGGCGAAGAAGCUCCCGGUGACUGUGAGGGCGAACUGCUCGUCGCAGAUGCUUUUUGUCUGCCUGCUGUAUACCUGCAAUGAGGAAACGCUUCACCUGGAGCGUUCUGCGGACUUCACGUCGUUCUCGGCCUUCGUGAACGCGCCCAAGGAUUGGCACACGCGGGACGACCUGGAAGCUGCGCGGGCGCUGGAGACAGUGGCUUCGUACCCGCCGCUCGCGCUGCCUGCGCUCCCCGAAAAGAAAAGGAAGGACUGCGACGCCGAGGAGAAAACUGGUCAAGCAGACGGCGCGACUCGUGACGCCGCAGAAGACGACUCAAGCCCCAAGAAAGCGAAGAAACGCUUGAUGCUCGCCGGCGAAGAGGUUGACGCAGAGUGGCGAAAGCGGAAGAAAGACGAAACGGAGAGGCGGAAAAAGAGAAAGGAGCAGAGGCGCAGAAAAAGGGUGCUCGAAAAGCCUGACGACAGUGAGGACGACGCCGACAGUGAAGACGGAUUUGAAAGUUGCUGA